CGGUGCUGAAAAGGACAACAGAGCAGGUGUGAGGAUGCUGAGAGGGGAUUCGCGGUCGGAACCCUGACAAUGGACGAGCCACAGAAACCACUAAAGGGCCUCGACUCACUCUGCCUCGGUUGCGGGCUUCAGAUCCGUGACCGCUUCGUGCUGAGCGUGUUUCCUGACCUGCGCUGGCACGUUGCAUGUCUGAAGUGUGUGGAGUGUCAGCAAAACCUGGACGAGUCGCAAACCUGCUUCAUGAAAGAUGGAAAGACUCUGUGUAAAGACGAUUAUAUCAGAUUAUACACCACUAAAUGUGCAAAAUGUCCAAAGUCCUUCAGCAGCCAUGAUUACGUCAUGCGCGCAGGAGUUAACAUCUAUCACGUGCAGUGUUUCCGGUGCGAGCGCUGCGAUCGACAGCUGCUACCUGGAGAUGAGUUUACCAUCCGGGAUGGCUAUCUGCACUGCACGGACCAUGAAAACUUCGAUCAUGGAUUCCUAACACUUACACAUGACUCAACACAUGUGUCUGAGCUGGGCAGAUGUGAUGAAGGAGCAGACACUUCCCAGUCGAGUGGAGAAGGUGACACUGGCUGGCCGGUUGCACCCAUCAAGCCUGAGAAGACUGCACGUGUGAGGACGGCACUCAGCCAGUCUCAGCUCCAUGUGCUGCGUACAUGCUACAACACCAACCCGCGGCCGGAUGCUACGAUGAAAGAACAGCUGAUGGAGCUGACAGGACUGAGCUCACGUGUGAUCCGUGUCUGGUUCCAGAAUAAACGAUGCAAAGACAAAAAGAGGAGAAUGCUAGAGAGACAGAAACAGCAUGAGAGCAGUGAACAGGUUGAUCUGAUGGAUGAGCCGUUGUCGGCUGUCACUCCUGAAAUCAUGGACUUAGACACACUGAUGCACCCGCUCGACCUGGAGAGUCUCCAGCCAUCCUGGAAGCUCCUGACGAGUCUCUUGCAGCCAGACGGUGAUCAAACUCUAGAUCAGGAAGCAGAGACGACUCUUAACCAGCUCCUCAACAAGUAGUGAACACUACAGGAGAGUUCAGUGUGAGUUAAGAAGGGAUUGAAAUGUGUCCUAGUGUUUUUUCUUGUGAUUUUCAGUAGUUUCUCUCUCAGACAGUAAGUAUGGGUGUAGUCUACAGGAACUGAUAUUCUGGUAAAUUUCAUUGAGCCACAAUUUUUUUUGUAAAAUUUUUUUACAUUAUUUACCUUCAAUAUUGUUUUCUGUAACAAAGUCUCUCAAGGAAUUGAAGCUCCCGUGUGACAAUAUUUAUUGAAUAUUUUGCACUAAUUUAUCACGAAUUUUAUGUAAUUGUCUUCAUAGGAUGAACUGCACCUGAAAUAUCACUCAGUUGUGUUUUGUUCUCAAGUGUGUAUGCAGUUCAUCUUGAUAAAUACUAAUCAGCCAGUUAUUAUCAAAGCGCUUCUACAGCAAAGCUGAUUCACAUCCAAUGAUGCUCAUAAAGCUGCAUACAAGGUGCAAAGAAAGAGAGCUGAAAAUGACAACAAAACAGUAAAUUAUAACACUCUAAAUAUUUUAGUUAUGCAUU